AAUGCAACAAAAAUAUUGUGAUGAAUGUGAAGAAACUAGAGCCAAGAUUAAUUGUAAUUAAUGCGGUCAAAUUCUAUGUGAGCAAUGUGACAAAAAAAUACAUAAUAAAGGAAAACGAGUUUAUCAUUCCAGAGAACUAAUCGAAACAUCGGAUUCAAUUGAAUCAAACAAAAUUAAAUAGGAUGCUCAUGUUAUUAGACAUGAACAACACAAAGAAAGAUUUAAAUAAAUAAACAGCAGUUUGCCAUCUGUUGAUGUUGUUAACUUCAAUCUAAUUAAUAUCUAGGCGGAAACACCGAUGAUUUUUUAGAAUGAGUAUUUUUAUCCCUUUAUUAAAGUUCUAUUUUAGCUAAGAUUGAGCAUCACUUAUUCAAAUAGGCAAAUAAAGGAGACCUGAUGAUUCAUUUAAACGACUUUUAGAAAUUUUUAAAAUAGAAUGAAAUCUAUAAAAUCAAUCAGUAAGAAUCAAUUAACAUUUAGAUCAAAAGAUAUCAUAUAAUAAUUGGAGAAAUUGAAAAUGAUCAAUGUGACUAUUAGAAAAUUUGGUGAUAGUGACCCAAUUUAGUUUGUUAGUCUUCAGUUAGAUCAUAUUAGUUUAUAAUCAUUAUAUUGGGUUUUAUUAAAUAUUAGGAAGGAUGAGAUGACUCCAACCGAUAAAUUAGUAAUGAGUAGAAUUAAGGAAUGCUAUGGUUUAAAACUCAAUAUUUAAGAUUGGAAUCAUUAUUUGGCUGGAUUCUACAAAUUGCAAGAUUCUAAUGGAUUGAUUUAAUUUAAUGUAAAAAAAUACAAACAGAAUAAGUGGAUUGAUGAAAAAUGCAUAAUUAAAAUGACCAAGUGUCCAAUUGAUUUAGUGAAUAAAUCAGAAAAUAAUAAUGCUUCUCUAUCAGCUUCUUAAUAAAUUAAUAAUGAAUCCUUACUAUUGUUUACAAUAGAGGACAAUGUCAAUUGGAAAAUGAUGGAUGCACAAUAAAUGAGUUCCAUUUAUAAGAGUUAAUGGAGAUCAUUUAUAUAAUUUUUAAAAGAUUUUUUUGACACCAAUCUUACUUUAAAUACAAGUCAAAACACUUAGUCAUUUGGAGAUCUAAAUUAAUCUGAUUAUUAGUCAUAAUCAUCCAAAUAAAGUGGAACAUAAUCAGUACCAACUUAAAAAAACUAAGAUAAUUCAAAGUGGAUUAGAAGUGUUGAAUCCGGAUUACAAAAUGGGCAAAAGAGUUAGGAGUAAUAUCACAAUCAAAGCUAUUCUUCCAAUGUUACAUAAAAGUAUCAUCUGAUUAAUAUUAAUAGAAAAAGAAGUAAAAAGAGUUAAAUUAAACCUCCAAAAUCUAUUUAAAAAGCUAUACCUGGAGGUAAAUAUGGAUGCGCACAGCUGUUAAAAUGUUGUGGCCCACUAGAAUUGAGAGUCUGUUCCUUGGGUGUUUUAUGUCUAAUGAUAUAGGAAGCCAUUAACAGGAAUGUCCUUAUAUACUAUAAAACCUUAUUAAUUAAACCAAAUACUAAUAUAGCUUUUGAUUUCAAUGAUUUCUUAAACAUUUUUGAUGAUUAAUUUUAAGAUUAAUUCAUCCUAUAAAAUAUUUUAGGGAAUGAAGAAAAUCAAUAACUUUCAGUUGAUAAAUAAUAACAGUAGCAUGAAAAAUAAAAUAAAUUAAAAGCUGUUCAAUAGGCAAUAAUAGAUAUUCUAAAUGAAUACACUAAAGGUGUUAGUUUAGCAAGAUUGCCAAAGAUGAUUUAACGUAAAAUUUAAUUUACAUUUGAUUUGCAUGAACUGGGAUUCACGAAAUUAAAAUGCUUAAUACAAGGUAUUGAUGGGAUUAGUAUUAUAAAUGAUGGAACUACGUAUGCUUCACUUAUUUUAGACGAGUAUUAUGAUGACACAAAUGAUAUGAAAUAAGAAUAAGAAGAUGAUCAAUAAAUGCAAUAAGUGAAAAUUGAUUUGAAAUAUUUUCAAAAGUAAUCCUUGUAAUAAUAACAAAGUUAAUCCAAUCCAUAACUCUAAUAACAAUAAAUAUAGUAAUAAUAAUAACAAUAGCAAUAAUAACUGUAGUUUCUAUCUCCAAUCCAUGUAUCUGAAUAUUAAUUAAAAAUUGAAGUAAAUAUUAAUCUUAUAUUUCUAGCAAGCAUUAAAAUAAAUCCUUAACUAAUACAGUAAUGGAAUUCCAGCAUCUUAACUUCUAUAAAUACUUUAGCUGCAUAUAUAAAAUACCUUUGAAUAUACUCAAUUUGGUUGUUCUACUUUUGAAGAAUACAUGGUAAAAUAUGCUGAAAACUAUUGUGAUGUAAUGAUUAAGAUGAAAGGUUGUAUCAUAUAUCCAAAAGGAUAUUCAUCAUUUAGGUCUGCUAUUCCAUAAUAGAAAAUGUAACUUGGAAUUCAUCACUAAAAGUCUCAAUCAACUACUCUUCCAAGUUAUGCUCAAUAAUAAAGUAACAGUAGUAGCUAAAUUAUUAAAGCUGAUAGUAAUUUUAGACUUAUAAUUUAGGCUUUUUAGCUGGUAUGUAAAAUCCUAGUCAAAUGAUUGGAGAUGUAUAAUCUCAAUCCUUGACAUUUCAAUCAUUUCAAACUUACCCGUAAAAUAAAGACUUUUUUAUGAUUUAAGAAGAAAACAGUCAUCACGAGCUUGACGCUAAUGUUAGAUUUAUAGAAGAACUAUUAAAGGAGUCAGAUGAUGUAGAAUAACAGAAACAUAAAGUUUAAAGAAGUCACUAAACACAUUAAGACAGUAAAUAAUUUUAGAGUUUGGGACAAUGGCCAAAUUUAAAUUCUAACGAGAAAAGGUGCCAUAAUAAAUAUAAUACUUAUUAAUAUAGUCCUCAAUAAGACUUUUACUAGGGAUAAAAAAUAUCAUUAGAUCUUCACAGUUGGGAUCAAGAUAACUGA